ACUAACGACGGUCGGUGUGCUUGUGCUACUCGGCGACGGCAAAGGCUCGCUUCGAUAAAGGUUUCUGCGGGAUUCGGUGCGGUUUAGUUUUUUGUGUGCUCUUUUUCCUCAUUCAUCCAUUUUUCUCGCUCGGGGCCGGACCCGACCCGAUCGUCAAGGGCGACUACUAUACUCUAUACCUACUGUUGGUGGUGCUGUUUGCACAAUACGCGUCGGUCGCGGUUUGUACGGUCGCGGCGCGACGGUGGCUAAUUGGAUUUUGGGCAGUGUAAAAUUUGUGGAAAAUUGUGUGAUUUUUGCAUGCGUUUUUGGUGUAAUUUGGCUACCGGAAAGGUCAGCCAGUCAGUCAGCAGUCCGAAAAAGAAGGUGCCUACUGCGAUGUGUGUGAUUUACUUGCCUUGAAGCUGUGCGGUUGUUGGUGAGGCUCGACGAAGCGAAGAAAAAAUAAAAUAAAAUACAGAAAAGAGUGCGUUGUGUGUGCUGCUGUUUCCCCCGCCCUCCCCAGUGCUUGCUUCGCAAGAUUGCUUAUCGCUUUCUUCACUCCAGUGUAAGUGGCUUUUAUACACGAAUAACAUGGAUAUGUGUAUUUGUGGUCGGCUCUUGUGAUAAGAAUUUCCUGCUGCUGAAAGUACCUACAGUAGGAAAUGAGAAUUGUGCAUUUCCCACUGGUGCUGGUGGUGUGAAUCAACCGACUGGAAUCUGCCUGCAGCCAGAACCGCAGCUGGGCUCAUCUAAUUGGAAACCAUCUUCGUUGUAAACCUAAUCGAUCGUGUUAAUCGGAAAAUUCACAAAAUGUAAAUCCUUCGUGAAAUAGCGUUGUGCAGUGUAGUUUAAUCAGUGGCCGAAGUGGCUGAAUAAAUUAUACCUCUAGAGAAAUAAAUAGCUAGACCGUGCGUGUGCGUGUGUGUGGUUUAUAUCCCUGGUGCACAUAAAAAUAAUUACUCCAACCUUCAAUUGGCAAUCACAGCGCAAAAAAAAUGCUCCCCUUCCUAUCCGACCACCACCAGCAGAAGCAGCAGCAGCAACACCAGUGCAGCACGGUGUGAGUUCCGCGUUAAUGCCCGCGAAACGUAAGCGCAAGAAGCGAUCUACACGCGAGCGUCCCCGGUGGUCCUUCCCUGACAGCGUCCACAAUUCCUUCGGAUUUUCAAAAUGGACCGCCUACAGCGCGUAAUAUUUCUGCUGGGCUGGGUCCUGGUUCUGGGUCUGGUAGAAACUUCCAGCCCGCUAAGCUUGAUUCAACAGCCGCUGCCCCAGCAGCAACCGCAUCCACAUCAACCGCUGCAGCACUCGAAGAAUCCGGUGGUUCCGGAGCAAAACCCGGUGCUACCGUCCAAGAUCGGUAGCCCCAGCGGGUUGAUAAUCGAAGAUUCGCCGAUCGCGCCCUCUUCACAGUACAUCGUGCAGAAGGACGUGUGGAGCAGUGGAGGUGUUGCCGCCGGAGGCGGUGCAGGAGGUGCUAGCAACUAUCACAACCAUCACCAUCAACAACAGUCAAACCAUAAUCUGUACCCCUCACGGCCAAUAUCAUCCUCUAGUGAUUCUUCCAGUAGUAGCGGUAGUAGUAGUAAUCCUAGCGAUGACCCCGUUCGAUCCCCGCUGGUCCCCGAUAGUAACGAUACUUUCCGUUAUCUUGUCCCAGGGGCCGGAGGUGUCGGAGCCGGCGGAUCCGGCUUCAGCUGGACCUGGUUCUUCAGUGGCAACGAGUGGACACUGAUGGAGUGCUUCUCGCUGCGCAGGACGCACCAUCUGUACUAUCAGAUCGGCAACGGGUUGUUCUUGUUGGCCUUCCUGGCCCCGAACGCUCCCUUCGGGAUGCUCUGGUUGCGCUGUGUCGUGAUCGCCGGCUGCGUGCUGAUGAUCAUCUGGGGCUGGCAGGUCGAGUGCACCGUCGAUGCCGUCAUCUGGGCCAGCCUGUUUCUGAUCAUCAACGCCAUCUACGUGGGAGCGCUGCUGUGCAAACUGCGCCCGGUUAAGUUCGAGAAGGAGAUCGAAGCGGUGUACGUGGCCCUGUUCAAACCGCUCCGGGUGUCCCGGCAUCAGUUCAAGAAGGUGCUAAACUGCAUGAAACUGGUCCGCUCGCUCAAGUACCAGGAGAUCUACGCACAGGAAAAGGUCACCAAGGUGGACAGCCUGUCGCUGGUGCUGUCCGGGAAGUUGGUGGUUUCGCAGAACCAGAAGGCACUGCACAUCGUCUUCCCGCACCAGUUUCUGGACUCGCCCGAAUGGUUCGGAGUGUCCACGGAUGAUUACUUUCAGGUGUCAAUCAUGGCAAUGGAAGAGUCCCGCGUUCUGAUUUGGCACCGGGACAAGCUGAAACUGUCAAUUAUGGCGGAACCGUUUCUGCAGGCCGUGUUCGAUCACAUCCUCGGACGGGACGUCGUAAAAAAGCUGAUGCAAGUGACGCAGGUUAGCGAAACGAUGGCCCAAAGCAAUGGGUACAUUUCGUCCGGCUAUGGGGACGACGCCGAAGAUAAGCCCAUGUUGGUGAUGAAAAACAGUAAAUCCGGUGGCGAGAGCAAUGGUGGUGGUGGUGGCGGUGGCGGCGGCGGAGGCGGACAUGGCAUCACCGCUCUCAUCAAUCGGCAGCUGCAGGAGGAGAGCCUACCGCUGCUGCUGAAUUCGGCCAAUCCGUCACCGUUGAUGUCACUUCACAUGCGUCUGCUGCACUCGGUCGAGAAUAAGUUCAUCAAAAAGAUCUACGACGUGUGACGAGUCCUGCGCAGCACACAAACAACACUCAAACACAAACGCAAUCACACGCCUCAACAUCAUAAACAACGUUUCGAAGUCUAGUCCCUCGAAUUGAGUUCAAUUUGAGAUUGUAUUUUUUUUAUACAUAAUUGUUUGUUAGUUUUUUUGAUCAUACCAUACAACUAUUCUUUUGUAAGAUUUUUUCUCUUUCUGUGAGAUUCUAUGUAAAAAACAAUUAUUAAAAAUUCACAAACAACGAAUUCGAACGGAACGGAACGGUGGAACAACGCAAAGCAACGCAACGCAACACGAAAGCCGAACGGACGAACUCUCUCUAAGGUCAUGUUUUGUUUUGUUCACAAUCUAUUUUGAGCGUCACUCAUUUUUGCAGCGGAUCCGAACGCGUGGCGACUCGGCCGAAUCGACGAAACCGACCACGAGACGGCCGUUUAAUAUUAGGCCUGGCGGUGCUCCCCCGGUCAACUUCCCCGGAACCCGAACCCGAACCCGAAUCAGCAGCAGCAACAGCAGCAACGACAGUUGUGUCCACUUGGUCAGCCGAUCGGCACUGCCGGCGGCGGUGGCGCCAGCGUCCUGCCGGGGGAUUUGCACCACGGCAUCAUCGCACUGGAUGUCGACUGGAUUCGGCCGUAGGUAGACCGGUGAGGGGCACCGAACAGAAGGAGGCGCGGGUUGAAAAGCUGUGCUUUUGCCCGUGUUUCCCGGAAUCAAUUAGUAAAGUAAAUUUAAAACAAAAAAAAAACAGAUUACCUUUUAGCGCCUCUGUAAUUUGUGCAGAAUCCCUUCCGUUUGAGAUGCAACUAAUGGUAUUUUACAGAGUAAAAAUAUAUACUUUCUUGGCUUAGUUCCUGCGUUCUUUGUUGUACAAUUGUUCGAUAGGAAAUAUUUAUAUUUAUAACGUGUAGUUCUUACAAUGACGAUGAUGAUGAGUAAAAGCGUUCUUCGGAGUUAAUCAAGAAGUUUUUUCCCCCAAAAAAUAAGUGCUCGACGAGCCCGGGCAAAUGCAAUCGUUGCCGGUCUUUGGCCCCUAGCAUUUCUUUUGCUUCCGUCGAACGAGCAACACCUGACUCAAUUCAAAGAAAAUACUUACCGAGAAAGAGAGUAGAAAACCAAUAAAUGGAAGCCUUUUUUGCUCUAAAUGUGUUGUCCCAAUCAGACGACGACAAACAGAACUUACAAGAGUAGAUGAACCAAUAGACAGAAGAAAGAAAAAAAAACAAAAACCCAAACGUAAAAUAAUUAGUCGUAAAAAAGUAUAGUUACACUGUUACAGAUGAUAAUCUUGAAGCUCUUGAUGUUAGAAGUUAAAUUUAGUAAACCAGAAGAAGCGUUACAAAGAAAAAUUUACAAUGUGUUGACCGACGAAGGCGAAGGGAACGAACCAAGGAACGGCCUUCCUAUUUUCGAGAGGGUGGAAAACUCAAACAUUUCAGUCGUGUUGUACAAUUAGCGAUUAUAUCCAAUGCGAAAGUGAGUAGAUAUUGAAAGAAAGGAAAUUUUUCCUGUUGGUUUUUACCCAACAAAAGGACGGAACAAAUAAGCAAAAGAAAGCCGAACAGAAUGCAUCCGUUGAUAUGAUAGUUGAUAGAUAGGAAAAUAAAAAACAAAACAAACCGAGCUAAAAAACCAAGAGAAUAACACAACUUACUACAAGAUAACAAAACGAAUCAAUCUAAUCACAAAGAGAAUGAAGUUAACUUCCAGUCUUAAUUAAUAAAAAAACAUUAAUGAAUAAGAAAACAAAAUCAGCAGCGAACGGACAAGUGAAAAACAACAAGCACAGCAACAACAACAACCACAACAACAAGGGACGAACAGAAUGGAAUCCAUUACCUUCUUCUUCUUCUACUAAACUAGUUUGUGUUUUGUAAGUACAAGUUUGUGGACUGGUGAGUGGAUUGAUCGAAUGCGCCUGUCUGCCUGUUGAAUGUGGUUUUGAAGGAGUGGCUUGGCAAUCUGUUGUACAGAGAAGAGCAAAACCUUGUUAUAGGUUGCAUAGUUAGAUUAAAACCAAAACGGACGGCCGAUGGUAGGUGAAAGCAAACGAAAACAAAAAACACUCGAAUCCUUUGUCAGUCAGUGAAAAGUGCUAGGUACUACGAAACCGCUCUAGGAACGAAUAUAAGCAACGUUAGAGAUAAAGACAGAUAGAGAGACAGAGAUUUAAUCGUUCUAAUCGAAAGAGUAACUAUUAUUUUAAAAAUAAA